GUCGACUACCACAAUCUAAUUCACCAAGAUGUUUCAGACGGAAGAUGGACAAUCUUCGGUUGAGAGUUUCUGUACCGCACGGAGCGACCCAUCAGACGACCUCCCGCCUGGAAGCGUGGGUGAGAAGCAAGUCAAGCAAGCGAUUCGAUCCAUUGCCGAAUCAAUACUUCGCGACAUGCCCAUCCAGUUGCUGAACACUCAAGAUGGCAAAAUCUACACGCAGCAACGCUCUCAUGACGAAAUUCGAAGCAUCAGAUAAAUAUCACUCACUUCUUACACUUACCACCACUAGGGCUACGCUGCAACAGAAGCAGUACAUCGUUGAAGUGGUCCGACGCUUUUUUGCAUAUGCUAUGCUCUCACACAGAUGGGAGAAUGACGAACCUGGCUUCAAAUGAUGUCCCACAGGAGGGCGUCUAUAACCUUCUCGCAUCGAGAUUCGACAAAGUUCGCAAUUUCUGUUACAUGGCGCGCAAUUGUAAAUUUGACUGGGCAUGGAUCGACACAUGCUGCAUUGACCAGAGCAGCAGCGCCGAAGUUCAAAAGUCCAUUUCUUCCAUGUUCUCGUGGUAUCGCCGGUCGGCAUUGACAAUCAUCUACCUGUCUGACGUCGUGGAAUCCAGCGUUCAGGCGCUUUUGCUUAGUCAGUGGUUCCGAAGGGGUUGGACUCUUCAGGAACUGCUUGCUGCCCAGGUCAUCCGGCUCUACAAGAGGGACUGGACCCCAUUUUCCCAACACACAACAUUCAACCACAAGAAGGUCGCUGAGAUCUUGGUUGCGCUAGAAUCCGCAACUGGGAUACAGAAAAGCUAUCUCAAGUUCUAUUCUCCGAGUGUCGAGCACCCUCGAGAGAAGCUUAGAUGGGCACGCGAUAGAGUGACCAAAGAGAAGGAAGACGAAGCAUAUUGCUUGAUGGGAAUUUUCGGAAUUACAAUGCCUGUUAACUAUGGAGAGGGUGACCAUGCAUUCUCUCGACUAUUGGUGGAGAUCAUGAAGCGCACGGGAGAUGCGACUCUUCUGGACUGGGUCGGACGGCCUUCGACCCUGAAUAGUUGCCUUCCUUCCUCCCCAAGAUGCUUCUCAGCCACUGCUUUCACAGAAAUGUCGUUUGACGGCCUCCCUUACCCUGUUUUGAGCUUUGCAUUGGCUGCAAAGCUCGUCUAUGUGUUCAAAGGGGCUAUCCGCAGGGCAAGGAGUUCGUCUCGUGUUCGUAAUGGUCAAAACACAAGUGAUGAGCUAAGCGGUGAUGGGUCUCCCAUCCGUGCGGCCAUUCGAUCUCCCUCUUACGAUAUCGAUGGCGCACCACAAAUUCCAAGAACCGUAAGCGGUCAGAGCAUUUUUGCGGUCAAACGAUCGGCAAGCUUUCCGUUUGAAGGAAGCGAGAUCCCCCUUGCCAAACUGCUCGAGAAGCCUCCUAGGCCAUACACUCUUACCCCUGAAAUCCACAUCACUGUGCCGUGCUUUGUGCAUGAAGUGCUGUGGCUUUACUUCACGCCGGACUCGGGGUCAUACUAUUGUGGUGCAGACGGCAUCCGGACAUUCAGUCUUGUCACCUCCGAGACCUUGAAGACGUUUGACCGUUCCCCAUCUCGUUAUCUGUUGGCACGAACCUGGGAUCCGCGAUUGUCUUAUGACUCUUCGCAUGUAUACCACAUCACCAUGUCGCUCCUUCGGCAACGACUUAAGAACCCGUUCUUUGCAAUGCUGCUGGAGCGUUGUAACGAUGGCCGGUUCAGAAGAAUACCCACCAAAGAACGUAUCGUCGCGGAGCUCGAACUGUUUCCCGCACAAACGUACGGAGUACGGUAUCUUGAUCUUCGGUGAAAAUGAUGAUAUAUCGGAUCCUUUGGUGCGUUGUCAAAGUCUCCGCAUCUGAGAUAGGUUCAAGCAGAGCAUGGUUUUUAACCUCGUACUGAUAUACAAUAUCCGAGCAUCUCAUCUCACUCCAUCCGCUGCAUUAGUUUAAAUCAUUGUAAC